AUGGUGGCUAACUGGGAAAGGUACGUCCAUAUCCAGGCAGAUGAAUUGGUCGAAAUGAUUAGAAGGAUCUUGGAAGAGACCAAAGAGGAGGCCCUGGAGGCCACGUACUUUGAGUGCUUCUGCAAGCCCAGUCUCCGUCCUGCAAUCAUAUGUGCCGCUCCCUUGGUCAUUCACACAUUCUCUGCUGCCUCCUUCGUGUCCUCUUACAGCAAAUACUACCAACAACCGCCGGCUACAACACCACAACCCGCUUUCAGCUCUUCGGCGGUCCACAAAUUCUCUCCAUGUUUGGAAACGUUUGUCCCUGGUUCUUGA